AUGUGUCUUCCUGAAUGGCACCAAUCUUUGGAUGGUAUCUUGGAAAAUGAAAAUGAUGUCAAAACAUUUAGAUUUAUAUUUUUAAGAACUUCAUUAACACCGAUAAACAACGAAAAGAAAUUUAAAAACUUAAAUGAAGCUGGAGCCAAAGAACUUGUUCGGCAUUCAAAUAAGACUUGA